CUGACGAAGCGCAGCUCAUAAGUACUUGAUGUUGUUCAUGACCACCUGCGCACAGCAGAAGACACUGACACUGAAACUGCAACCUGAGAGGCGACUGCGCAUGUUGCAACCAGCUUGUCCUGCGCUGCAGCCAACGAUGCAACUGUAUCCAUCCAUCAAUCCAUACAUCCUUGGAGCCAGAGUGCCCGACGUGAUUAUGGCGCCGACCAUGCAUCUCCGGCUCCCACAUAGCGUGCGCUGUUGCUGGCCGACGACCAGGCCUGGCGGGGGCCAGUCCCAAUCUUGCGGAUAUGGCGGUGGAGCAACAACGAAGUCGAGGCCGCACGAUGGUCCGUCCGGCUCAAGUGCACUAUGAAUAGUCAACAAACAAGCUGGCCGACGUCGACGAUCCUGGUCGAAUUGGCUGAUGCAAUCGAUAAUCUGCAUGCGCCAGAUCCCUUGCUCCCUGCCUCCCAAGCAAAACCCCUGGGCCAGCGAUCCUCCACUUGCUCACCUGCGAUCUCCGAUCCUGGCACCUGUAAAGCGGCCCUGGGCACAGCAACGUCGGAGCUAGCCGGCCCUUUGCCCGCUGCUACAUCUACGGAGUCGUCGCUUGACAGAUUCCAGGGCAGGAAAUGGAAAAAACUCGUGCCUCGGUCGGACUUCCACCAUUCUCUCCUUCUGCGCCAUCCAGGGAGUCUCGUCAUCAUUCGCCAUACUACUACUCACCGUGCCCCACGACGAAGCUUACGGCUGUGGCAAAAAGUUUUCCUCCGUCGCACGUCCCCUUCGGUCUGCCGCGUGGCGUCUUGUUUAACGAAGCGUCAUUCUGUUUGCUGUAGUCAUUUUCUAUAUCUCAAAAACUGCACGCAUUCGUCCUUUGCUGGACAUCUCCACCAGCAGAGUAACUAGUAGACGAGCAACCCGCCCUCGCCAUAAACAGCAGCUCGAGUGGCGGAUCUUGGCGGAACGGCUUGUGGUACACGCAAGUGCGCUGGGCACUGUCUUCUCACGACGAGACCAGCCAUGGC